AGGUUUGAGACUUAACACCCUGUGUCCAGGAGGAAGGACGGUAAGUGCCUACUGAGUGCAGGAAAAGUGCAGGGACGUCUUUGCAGUUCAUGCUCAAGUUCUGUUGCAAUGGUAUUUUCUGCAAGUCUGAGACAGUUCUGGGCUAGAGUUGGAGGCCAGGGCUAGGAACUACUGUGGUGUGUCCCUUCACAGCGCUCCAUCCUUAAGGGAGUUGCUCCCCCUACUCAGGACGCACUAACCAAUCAGGGCUCUUAAGCGGACUGCCAGUCAGAAUAAAUGAUGGCACUUCCGGUCCUCCAUGCGUCUGGCUUGGUAGCUCUGGGACUGUUCUGAGCCGCUCGUGUUCCGUGUUUUGCGCUGUCACCCGCUGCCGGGAGCUGUGAGGAGAGCGGGGCGAGCUCGGAAUCCGCCAUGGAUGCAGUGACCUAUGAGGAUGUGCAUGUGAACUUCACUCAUGAAGAGUGGGCUUUGCUGGAUCCUUCCCAGAAGAGUCUCUACAAAGAUGUGAUGCUGGAAACCUACUGGAACCUUACUUCUAUAGGUUACAAAUGGGAAGACCACAAUAUUGAAGAAAAUUGUCAAAGUUCUAGAAGACAUGGAAGGCAUAUCAACUGUCCCUCUGGAUACAAGCCAUGUGAGCAUGAGGAAUAUGGAAAGAACCAAUAUACCUCUGUUUCUCCUGAAACAAUUAGAAAAUAUGUUAUAGUCACUACUAUGAGAAAACAUGAUGACUGUGAUACAAGUUUAUACUCUCACAUUGGAGAAAACCCUUAUGAGUACAAGCAAUAUGGAAAUUCAUCUGUCUGUACUGGUUCAUUUUGCACAUAUAGUUUGACUCACAGUAUAAGAAAAUGUUAUGCAUGCAAUCAGUGUGGUAAAAACCUGAAUUCUUCCAAUUAUUUUCAAAGACAUGAAAAAAUUCAUUUCGGAAGAGGAAGUGAUAAAUGUGAGCUUUGUAAUGAGAAUUUUAGCCAUCACAGAUAUCUUCAAACACACAAAACAACCAAUAAUGAAGAGAAUACCUACGAAUGUAAACAACAUGAUAAAACCAUUAGAUAUGAUUCCUCUUUAAAAUUACAACAAAUAACUCAUUUGGAAGGAAAACCCUAUGAAUAUGAGCAAAGUGAUAAAGUAUCUGCAUGUCAUAGUCUUUAUCAAGUACAUAGAACUCAUAAUAGAGAAAAAAAGUAUGAAUACCAGCAAUGUGAUAAAGCCUUUUUAAGUCCCUGUUAUCUUCAAAUAUAUAAAAGAAUUCAUACUGGAGAGAAGGCCUAUGAAUGUAAUCAAUGUGGUAAAGCCUUUGUACAGAAGAGUAAUCUUCACAGGCAUGAACGAAGUCAUACUGGAGUAAAACGCUAUGAAUGUAUUCCAUGUGGUAAAGCCUUUGCACACAAGUAUAAGCUUCUCAUUCAUGAAAGAAUUCAUACUGGAGAGAAACCCUAUGAAUGUAAUCAAUGUGGUAAAGCCUUUGCAGAGAAGUGUAACCUUCGAAGUCAUGAAAGAAGUCAUACUGGAGAGAAACCCUUUGAAUGUAACCAAUGUGGCAAAGCCUUUGCACAGAAGAGUUCUCUUCACAGUCAUGAAAGAAUUCAUUCUGGAGAGAAACCCUAUGAAUGUAGUCAAUGUGGUAAAGCCUUUGCACAGAAGAGUAAUCUUCUCAUUCAUGAAAGAAUUCAUACUGGAGAAAAACCCUAUGAAUGUAAACAGUGUGGUAAAACCUUUGCACAGAAGAGUAAUCUUCUUAGUCAUGAAAGAAGUCAUACUGGAAAGAAACCCUAUGAAUAUAAUCAAAGUGCUACAUUCUUUGCACAGAAGAAUCUUCUCAUUAAUGAAAGAAAUCAUACAAGAGAGAAACCCUAUGAAUGUAAUCAAUGUGGUAAAGCCUUUGCAAGGAAAAGUCAUCUUCUCAGUCAUGAAAGAAUUCAUACUGGGGAGAAACCCUAUGUAUGUAAUCAGUGUGGUAAAGCCUUUGCACAUAAUAGUCAUCUUCACAGUCAUGAAAGAAUUCAUACUGGAGAGAAACCCUAUGGAUGUAAUCAGUGUGAUAAAGCAUUUUCACGUAAAAGUCAUCUUCGAAGGCAUGAAAGAUGUCACACUAGAGAGAAACCCUAUGGAUAUAAUCAGUAUGGUAGAGACUUUGCAUUUAACAGUCACCUUCAAAUAAAAGAAAACUCAUACUGGAGACAGACCCUAUGAAUGUAAUCAAUGUGGUAAAGACUUUGCACAGAACAGUCAUCUUCACAGUCCUGAUAGAAAUCAUAAUUU